AUGCAAUUCAAAACCAGUCUAACCUCUGCUACCCUCUUGGCCGCUUCCGCGCACGCAGCUUCCAGUUCCAGUUCCAACGCCACCUCGAGCGUGCCUUCGUCCUGUUCGAUCUCGUCCAGCGCCACCGUCACCGCUCAGGCCGACCUCGACAAGUACUCGGGAUGUCAGACCCUUGUCGGUGACUUGAGCAUCAGCGGCACGGGCCUCAGCGGCAGCGCGUCCCUCGCCAACGUCAAGACCAUCCAGGGUGACUUGAUCAUCAACAACGCGACCAUGCUGCAAGGCUUCUCCGCCGACAGCUUGCAAACCAUUUCUGGUUCUUUGCAGUUGUCGCUUUUGACUUUGCUCGAGACCGCGUCGUUCGGUUCUUUGCAAGAAGUUGAGACCAUUGUGUUCCAAACUUUGCCCGCGAUCAGCACCAUCUCCACCAACUUGAAGUCCGUUCAAUCCCUCACCAUCGGUGACACCAGUUUGGAGUCCAUCGACGGUUUCAACAACUUGGAGAACGUCAACGACCUCAACGUCAACAACAACAAGAACUUGCAAACCAUUGACUCCAAAUUGCAAUCCGUGGCUGACUCUCUAGACGUUUCUUUCAACGGUGAAAGUGCCGACGUCUCUUUCGACAGCUUGGUCUGGGCUAACAACAUCACCUUGAGAGACGUUAGCUCUGCGUCUUUUGAAUCUUUGCAGAAGGUUAAUGCGUCUCUCGGAUUCUUCAGCAACGCUAUCCAGAGCUUGAACUUGAGCCAACUUUCCAACGUGGGUGGUUCUUUGUCCAUUAUCUCCAACGACGACUUGACCGAGGCCAGCUUCUCCAACCUAACCACCGUGGGUGGCGGUUUCGUCAUUGCCAACAACACCAAGUUGAUGCAAAUCGACGGUUUCAGAAAAUUGCAAUCCGUUGGUGGUGCCGUUAACGUUGUUGGUAACUUUUCGGAUUUGGAAUUGUCCGGUUUGAAGUCGGUUAAAGGUGGUGCCGACAUUGAGACUUCUUCUUCCAACUUCACUUGUGACAACCUCAAGAAAUUGCAACAACAAGGUGCUAUCCAAGGUGACUCCUUUGUUUGCAAGAACGGUGCCACUUCUACUUCUAUCCAAUUGAGCUCUACUUCUGGCAGCCAAUCUUCUUCCACUGGUAGCGCUUCUUCUUCUUCUGGUUCUUCCUCCGGUGGUAAAGCUGCUUCUAGCACUUCUUCUGGCUCUUCCAAGUCCAAGGGUGCUGCUGCUCAAUUCGCUUCUGGUUCCUCUUUCAUGGGUGCCGUUGCCGCUGUCGCCGUUGCUUUGUUGUAA